CAGGACCUGGUAACAGGCAAACAGCAGCAGUAGCAACAGCAGAAGAGCUGUAGAUUGUGCAAGUCGAUGUAAAUUGUCAUCAAGCAAGCAAAAAAAAUCCAGUCGAAAAAAUGGUGAGCCAGCGAACGUAUCGUUGGCUCCCUUCGUGGAGUUAACCGGAGUCAGCUGGCGUGUGGUUUUACGGUCGUGGUGCUUGAGAAAAACUAGCAACUUUUCACAAAGAAGAGCUGAAAUGAACGAACAAGAACGGGUCUGAAAGCGCGUUUGUUUGUGUGUUGGUUGUUGGCUGGUGGUGAGAUGGUGUGCUGAAGGAGCUCUCCAGCGAUGUCGGCGACUCCGGGAGGCAGGACCGGAGCGGCGGCCACCCCUUCCAACGCUGUCUCCCUCAAAUCUAUCGAGGUGCCCCAGGCCCUGCAGAACGGUGAAAAAUUCAUCAAAUGGGAUGAGGACUCUGGGGUGGGAACCCCCGUCACCCUGCGCGUGGACAAAUACGGUUUCUACCUCCACUGGGUGGACCAAAACCACGAAAUGGACCUUCUGGACAUAGCCACCAUCAGAGAUACGCGGACAGGUCGCUAUGCAAAAAUCCCAAAGGACCCCAAAUUAAGACAGAUCGUGACAAUGGGCUCUCAAGACACGCUCGAAGAGAAGACAGUGACUGUUUGUUGUGCCAAUGACUUUGUGAAUAUGAAUUUUAUAAAUUUCUGUUGUACGAGGAAAGAAAUUGCAAGAUUAUGGACGGACGCAUUGAUGAGUCUUGCGUACAAUCUUAACCAAAUCAAUGGCACGGCUAAUUUGUACCUUUUGAAGGCUUACACGAAAUUGAUUUUGGUCACCGACAAGACGGGGAAAAUCCCUAUUAAAAACAUAAUAAAAAUGUUUGCUCAAAGCAGAGACGACAAGAGACGGAUUGAGACCGUUUUGCAAUCAACGGGGCUCCCCUAUGGCAAGAAUGACACGCUAAGUCCCGAAAAAUUCCAAUUUGAAGACUUUUUUAAUUUUUACAAAAACUUGACCCAACGCAGCGAGAUAGAGAAGGUUUUUAACGACAUUGUUGGUUCAAAAAAGCACAUGACGGCCGCACAAUUCGUCGAUUUUUUGAACAAAACGCAACGAGAUCCGCGCCUGAACGAAAUUCUACAUCCUUACGCAAACACAGCACGCGCCAAAGACAUCAUCGCACAAUACGAGCCCAACAAAUACAAUGCACAAAAAGGCCAGUUAUCCUUCGACGGUUUUCUCCGCUACCUCAUGUCGGAAGAUAACAAUAUAAUAGCACCGAGUAAAUACGAACUUUGCGACGAAAUGGAUCAUCCCCUCGCCCACUAUUUCAUUAAUUCGUCGCACAAUACUUAUUUAACUGGACACCAACUAACGGGCAAAUCCAGCACAGAGAUGUACAGACAGUGUUUAUUGGCUGGAUGUCGUUGCGUCGAGUUGGAUUUUUGGAAUGGGAGAGAGGAACCGAUCAUUGUGCACGGUUAUACGUUUGUUCCUGAAAUUUCAGCAAGGGAAGUGCUUGAAGCGAUUGCUGAAAGUGCAUUCAAAACGUCCGAUUUUCCGGUGGUUUUGUCGUUUGAAAAUCACUGUAAUCCGAGACAACAGGCGAAAAUCGCCAAUUAUUGUCGCGAGAUUUUCGGAGAAAUGCUGCUAGAGGCACCUCUAGAGGCGUACAAGUUGGAGCCAGGCCAGCCUUUGCCUCCACCAUCAGUCCUGAAGCGCAAGAUAAUAAUAAAGAAUAAAAAAAAACAUCACCACCACCACCACCAUCAUCACCACCAUAAAAAAAGCACAUCGGCCCAACCGGAAGCACCACCAUCGGAACCCACCGGAAACGGUGACGUUCCACACCACGCCCCUCCAUUGCAGGCCAAUUGCAGACAAGGUUCUAAAGACUCAACUGGGACAGAAGAUGAAGAAUCGUCAAGUGACGAAGACGGCGAAACACUCGAAACGGACAAUUCGACGGAACCGACGAAUGAAGGAAGCGAUCACAAAGCGGCAACAGCUGGAGAGACCGAGGCAGGAGCCGAGAUAUCGGCUCUAGUGAAUUACGUACAACCGGUGCAUUUCACCAGCUUCGAAAAUGCGAAAAAAAAAAACCGCAGUUAUGAAAUGUCGUCAUUUGAUGAAAAGCAGGCAACUUCACUUUUGAAAGAAUAUCCCGUUCAGUUCGUCAACUACAACAAACAUCAACUGAGCCGCGUUUACCCGGCUGGCACUCGUUUCGACUCAUCAAACUUCAUGCCUCAGGUUUUUUGGAAUGCCGGCUGUCAGCUCGUUGCUUUAAAUUUCCAAACACUUGAUUUAGCCAUGCAAUUAAAUUUGGGCAUUUUUGAGUAUAAUUUUCGUUGUGGUUAUUUGCUCAAGCCUGAAUUUAUGCGACGAACUGAUCGGCGGUUUUAUCCUUUCGCUGAAUCAACAGUCGAUGGUAUAAUCGCAGGAACGGUCAAAAUAACUGUGAUAUCUGGACAAUUUUUGACUGAUAAGAGAGUAGGGACUUAUGUCGAAGUGGAAAUGUAUGGCCUACCAGCCGACACAGUACGGAAACGCUUCCGGACGAAAACUGUGCCCAAUAAUGGAAUUAAUCCAGUCUAUGAUGAGGAACCUUUCGUUUUUAAAAAAGUCGUUCUGCCUGAUUUGGCUUCGAUUCGAAUCGCGGCGUAUGAAGAAUCUGGGCGUUUUAUUGGACAUCGAGUUCUUCCAGUUGUUGGACUGUGUCCUGGUUAUCGACACGUAAAUUUACGAACUGAAAUCGGACAACCGUUACCUCUGGCCACGUUAUUUCUUCAUAUUGUGGUCAAGGAUUAUGUACCGGACGGCCUUUCUGACUUUGCAGAGGCUUUAGCCAACCCGAUCAAGUAUCAAAGUGAUUUGGAAAAACGCGCACAACAGUUAGCUGUUCUCACUGAUGACAUGGAACCGGCCGAAGGGACCGAAGACCAGAAAAAAAAUAGCUUGAGUGCCAAAGAACAAGCCACCAACGGAAGUCCAAUCCAACGGCCCUUGAUAGCAACAGGGGCGGCUUCAGUGGACGCCACCUCCGAUAACGAAGGCCCCGUAAUAGCGACCAGUGUUGACACAAAAAAUCCACAACACGAUUCCAACUCCUUACCGAAAAAUAUUGAAGUCAAAGAAGAAAAGUUUGAAGAACUGAUAGCCGAACCAUUGGACAAGAUUCUUGACAAUAAAUUAGUUAAGGAGAAAAAAUUGGAAUUGGACAAGAAAUUGGAGAAUUUAAGGAAAAAACACGAGAAGAAGAAAAUGACGUUGCAGUCGCAGAAAUCGGGCGAUUUUUCCGAGAAGAGGUCACGUUUGAUUAACAUGAAGCUGGUCAAGCGAUUAUCCAGUAAAAAUAUGACGGACAACCAGACCAGUUGUUCUGAACAACCAACUGGUAUAUGGAGCCUGUGCACAGUUUGCGUGAGCGGCGUGUUCUCGACGGAGUCGCCGAGCGUGGAGCCCCUCACGUGCGUGGCGGACGGCCCGGAGACCAGCAGCGGCGACCCCGACAAGCCGUCGCUGCCCCGCAGCCACUCGGAGCGUCUCCUGUCCGUUAACCGCGACUUUGUGUGUCAGGAAAAGGAGCUGCGCGAAAAAUACCACGAAGUGAUUUACAACACGGCCGAAAAAGUGAUGAAAAUCUCACAAAACAACCAACUGAAGACACUCAAAGACCAGUUCGAGCGCGAAACCACCGACUUGAUGCGAAAGUUACAAGCCGACCAUCGAGAAGAAGUCAAAGCUUUGGCGAAAAAGCACCGAAAUCGUGAACAGUUCACGAGGGUUAAAAGGGAAGCGGAGUCUGCUGUUGUGGGCCGGGGGGUCUCAGAGAGGGAAAAGCUGGGGCAGAUUUUUGAGAGUCGGAGAGAGGAGUUGCAAAGGCAGCAUGAGGCGGUUAAGGACGCUUUGGCCGAGUGCCGGAAUAAGGCGAAGGUGGCGCUCCUGAAGGAGUUCGAGACGCGGAUGGCUCGCGUGGAGUCCGAAAGCGGUGGAGUUCUGUGACUGUUUUCCUAAAAAACAAUCUUUUUUCCAAGUCUAACUGUGAGUUACCUGAUGCGAACCUUCUCUAGUUGUAAAGUGCAAUAUUUGCGGAUAUUGUCGUAAUUUAUUUAACGAAUACUGUCUUUGAUACUCUCGACAAUCAAAAAAAAAAAAUGUUACAAGGUGGCCCAGAUGUUUUUAAGUGCUACAGUCCUUUGGUCUUGUUACUAUAAUAUUGAUGUUUAUCGUUUAUUGUGAUAGUAGGUUAGCGAAAAUAUAAUAGAGCGCGUUUUCAAGUGAUACAUUAUUGUUAAUUUGCAACGUAACGCCAGUGUAUGAUCGGUUUAUUUAUCCAAGGCUGUGGUACACAAACACGGUUAUGAGCCAGUUGGGGGGAAAAUAUUUCGUUUAUUAAGUGGCUGUGAGGAGACAUGACAAAAUUAUUCACGAGUUGACAAUAACGCACACAAAGGAACUAAUUAUUAUUUGGUGUAUUUGUGUACCUCAGCUUUUUAUGAAAGCAUUUUUCGUUGGUGACGGAUGUGCUAGUUUUAGGAAGUAAGUAGAAAAGUGCCACCAACUGUGAAAUGUUAUUUCGUAAUAGAUUACCUGUUAUCAAGUGUAUUUAUUUAUUUUUCCAUUAUUUGUGCUAUGCGGUGGGUCCAAAGCAUCCGAUUUUUUACACAACAAUUAAUUUUUUUUUGGGGAUGCUUUUGGCCCAUUUGGGAUCUUCCGAGCGGGUUUAGUAGAUCUAGUCAUUUUGAUUUCGUCGCAAUACACUCAGCAUUAUCGAUUAAAUCAUUCUCAGACCUCGUUUAGUGAUUUUAGGGAGCGCUUUUUCCGGAAACGGCCUGAAUUUCGUUUUGUUAAACAUCAACAGCUUAAUAUUGAAUCUUCGAUGUUGCUGACUAGUGUUUGUUGCUACUAAUUGUUAAUAUAACUGGUUGUUGAAUAUGUAGUAUAGAAAAAAUUGUUAGGUGAGACGGCCACUCGUCCUUAUUCCGCUCUAAGCUAGUUGUCUAUAAAUAAAAACUGGAAUAAGGGCGACCAACAACUGGCGGUUCAAGUUAUGCGAUAGGUGUAGUAUAAAUAAAUUAUUUCCCUCAUUAGGUAUUGUACUCCAUAUGACAUACUCGAAACGGCCUAUUUAGUCUAAAUGUUUUCGUUGAUUUUUUAACCAUUUGAUUCGUUCGAAUUCUAUUAUCGCGUUUUGUACGUAUAUAGGUACUUAUUUUUUUGAGUGCUCAAGAGUAUUUUGACGAUCGAUGAGAUUUUGUUGAUUUUUGUUUCUAGUUGUUUUUUGAUUACAUUCCAUUUAAGUUUGUUAGUGAGUGAUUAUUGUUGAAUACAUUUACGAAUUUCUGCAUUUUGUAUUUUUCCAAGUCGUGCCUUUUAACCAUGAAUAAUUUUACUUGUACACUAUUCUUACUCAUCUGUGUAUUAUUACAUGUGUUUACUAUGAAGUUUGUGUCAGAAUAGAUUUAUGUGCUCUA